AUGUGGUUUGUAUUCCAGCUUGCUGCCAUUUCAGCGCUUUUGCUGACUCCAGGGGUCUCGGCGCUUUCACCUUUACGUUCCCUCGUCUCCGCCGCUGGCCAGCAUGAAGUUAUCCCGGGGUGGUAUCUACAGUCUGAGCGCCAUGUCUCAAGCGGCAUCUUUAGUCUCUCACUUACUGGCGCUGACGUCUCUUCAUGGUACCGAAUGGGCUCGCGGGGUACCGUGAUGGCCGGUCUACUUGAACACGGUGUUUACAACGAGACGCACCUCUUUUUUUCUGACAACUUCAAGUCUCUACCUGACGCCGACUUUCGUGAUGUUGCUUGGCUGUAUAGGGAAGAGUUCACGUUACAGCCUGGAAGCGGACAACAUUUCACCUUACACACGCAUGGUAUAUCUUCCAAGGGUGAUAUAUACCUAAACGGCCACCGAGUUGCCUCGAAGGAUGUCCAGACUGGUUCUUAUGCAGGUCAUCAAUACGAUGUUACCAAAUUUGUACUCAAGGGUGGGAACUGUCUAUUGAUUAAAGCCUAUCCAACCAACUAUCUUCGUGACUUGGCUUUGGGCUUCGUUGACUGGAAUCCAUAUCCACCAGACAAUGGCACCGGCGUUUGGCGUGAUGUCGAACUCUCCCAAAGUGGCCCUAUAAGACUCUCCAGCCCACGCGUGGCCACUGAUUUUGUUCCUGGAGUUGAAGAGGCUGGCGCAAGUCUGACGAUCAAAACUGAUGUCCACAAUAUCGGCGAAGAGACCAUCAGAGGGAGCAUCAGGGGUUUCGUUGAGGAAGUUCAAAAUCAGAGGCAAUCACUCUCCGCUCCUUUUACCCUCAAGCCGGGCGAGCAGCAAACCAUAAAAUUAAAUACCACCAUUCAGAACCCUAGUCUAUGGUGGCCCGCUUCGUGGGGUGAUCAACCUCUAUACACCGCCCAGAUAUCCGCCUUUAUCGGCAAAAGAAAGUCCGAUGGGCCCAAGAGACGCAAAUUCGGUAUCAGGCAUAUCGAGUCUAGAGUAAACGACCAAGAUACCGUAGAAUUCAAAGUUAAUGGCAAGCCUUUCUUCGUCAUGGGUGCAGGAUAUUCGUCUGAUAUCUUUUUACGAUUCACCGUUGAAAGGAUCACAAUCAUAUUCCAAUAUAUCCUAGACAUGGGUAUGAACACUGUUCGUCUUGAAGGCAAACAAGAACACCCUGAGCUUUACGACAUCGCAGAUAAGAUGGGGCUCAUGAUCAUAAGCGGCUGGGAAUGCUGCGAUCACUGGGAGGGGUGGAAAUACAACACGGAAGGAUUCGGGCAAUUUUGGACAGAUGUGGAUUACCCGAUCGCCAAUUCCAGCAUGUUACAUGAGGCCGCGAUGAUGCAAACCCAUCCUAGCAUGCUUGCUUUCCUAGUUGGAUCUGAUUACUGGCCAAAUGAUCAGGCUACUAAUAUAUAUGUUGACGCUCUCAAGCGUAUGGACUGGAAUGCUGCAAUAAUCUCUUCAGCGGCAAAGCGAGGUUUCCCCAAGCUUCUCGGUCCCUCUGGCAUGAAGAUGGACGGUCCAUAUGACUGGGUGCCGCCGUCAUAUUGGUUUGGUGACAAACUCGGUGCUGCAGGGGCUGGUGGGUUUGGUUCCGAACUCGGGCCUGGUGUAGGUACCCCUGAGAUUCGUAGCUUGAAAAAGUUUCUGUCCGAGGAAGACAUGAAAGAUCUAUGGACCCAGCCAAACAAGGUUCUCUAUCAUAUGUCUGCCGGUGUGUCUCAAUUCCGUAACCGCUCAAUAUACAACAAGGCGCUUUACGCUCGAUAUGGCAAGCCAAAGAGCUUGGAUGAUUAUUCCUUGAAAGCUCAGCUAAUGGACUAUGAGGCAACUCGUAGUCAGUACGAGGCGUACGCCGCAUACAAAAGUCAUAGCAAUCCCACAUCUGGCUUAAUAUACUGGAUGUUGAACGCAGCCUGGCCAAAUCUACACUGGGCUCUGUUCGACUAUUUCCUGAAACCCCUGGCUAGCUACUUUGGAGCCAAAACUGGAGCACGCAUUGAACAUGCCAUAUUUGACUUCCGGGAGCAGGUUGUCUACCUGAUUAAUCACUCUAAUUCCCAAAGCGGUGCCCGCAGUGUUACCGUAGAUCUAAUUAAUAUCGACGGUAAGUCCUUGAGCCACAGUAUUAUGAAGGCAGACACUACACCACUUAGGUCUCAGAAACUUUCCAAAGUUUCUGGCUUAGGCAAGAACAGGGACGUUUCUUUCCUCCGCCUGAUUCUGAAAGACGACGCAGCCAAAGUUUUAAGCCGAAACGUUUACUGGCUUCCUCGGAAAGAAGACGUGCUUGACUGGGGCAAUUCUACCUGGUACCAUACUCCAGUUACUGAGUAUGCUGACCUAACGCCAUUGGGCAAGCUACGCAAGGCAGAUGUCCGGGUGGGCGUUAACAUCCAGGGUCGAACAAAAAUCAGAGUCUCUCUGCAGAAUAAAUCCAAUCACCCGGCUUUCUUCAUACGGCUGAGUCUUCUGGACAAGGCGACUGGUGACGAGGUUACGCCUGUGUUUUGGGAAGACAACUAUGUGACUCUAUGGCCCCACGAGAGGCUAGAGCUGGGCGUUACUUAUCCGCAAACAUACAGGGUCGAGCUUGAAGUGUCUGGGUAUAACGUGGAGAAGAAGAUGGUUUAG